GGGAAGAGAAACAGGCUGUGAGGAAGAGGCGGAGGCUGCAGCAGCCACAGGAGAAGGAGUACCCCAGCCUGCUUGGAGAGUUCCUUUUGGAGUUCCUCACAAUCCCUCUUUAUUUGAAUCACCCUGAACUUGAUAUCAACAGUAAGGGACCUCAGCCUUGUUGUUGUUAUGUGCCUUCAAGUCAAUUAUGACCUAUGGCGACCUUAUGAAUCAGCGACCUCCAAGAGCAUCUGUCAUGAAUCACCGCCCUGUUCAGAUCUUCUAAGUUCAGGAUACAUCUGGAGGGUCAAGGCUGAGGGAGAACCAUCUGAAGUAUCACUGGAAAAAGCUGAGGAGCAGGCGCAGGAGCGGAAACUGAGGAGUCAAGAUGGAGCAAAGAGUAAAGGAGAGACAAACUCACACAGGAGACAAACCUUAUACAUGCUUGGAGUGUGGAAAGAGCUUCAGUCAGAGUAGCACCCUUACUUCGCAUCAACGAACUCACACAGGAGAAAAACCUUAUAAAUGUUUGGAGUGUGGAAAGACAUUCAGUCAGAGUAGCACCCUUACUUUGCAUCACAGAACUCACACAGGGGACAAACCUUAUACAUGCUUUGAGUGUGGAAAGAGCUUCAGUCGGAGUGACACCCUUACUUCACAUCAAAGAUGUCACACAGGGGACAAACCUUAUACAUGCUUUGAGUGUGGAAAGAGCUUCAGUUACAGUAGUAAUCUUACUUCGCAUCAAAGAACUCACACAGGAGACAAACCUUAUAAAUGCUUGGAGUGUGGAAAGAGCUUCAGUGAGAGUGGCACCCUUACUUCGCAUCAAAGAACUCACACAGGAGACAAACCUUGUAAAUGCUUGGAGUGUGGAAAGUCCUUCAGUCAGAGUAGCACCCUUACUUUGCAUCACAGAACUCACACAGGGGACAAACCUUAUACAUGCUUUGAGUGUGGAAAGAGCUUCAGUCGGAGUAGCUCCCUUAUUUCGCAUCAAAGAUGUCACACAGGGGACAAACCUUAUACAUGCUUUGAGUGUGGAAAGAGCUUCAGUCACAGUAGUAAUCUUACUUCGCAUCAAAGAACUCACACAGGAGACAAACCUUAUAAAUGCUUGGAGUGUGGAAAGAGCUUCAGUGAGAGUAGCCACCUUACUUCGCAUCAAAGAACUCACACAGGAGACAAACCUUGUAAAUGCUUGGAGUGUGGAAAGUCCUUCAGUCAGAGUAGCACCCUUACUUUGCAUCACAGAACUCACACAGGGGACAAACCUUAUACAUGCUUUGAGUGUGGAAAGAGCUUCAGUCGGAGUAGCUCCCUUACUUCGCAUCAAAGAUGUCACACAGGAGACAAACCUUAUACAUGCUUUGAGUGUGGAAAGAGCUUCAGUCACAGUUGUAAUCUUACUUCGCAUCAACGAACUCACACAGGAGACAAACCUUAUAAAUGUUUUGAGUGUGGAAAGUCCUUCAGUCAGAGUAGCCAGCUUACUUUGCAUCACAGAACUCACACAGGGGACAAACCUUAUAAAUGCUUUGAGUGUGGAAAGAGCUUCAGUCACAGUAGCACCCUUACUUCGCAUCAAAGAUGUCACACAGGAGACAAACCUUAUCAAUGCUUGGAGUGUGGAAAGAGGUUCAGUGAGAGUAGCUACCUUACUUCGCAUCAAAGAUGUCACACACGGGGCAAACCUUAUAAAUGCUUGGAGUGUUGAAAAAGGUAAAAUGAGAUGCCUCUGACACAAGCACUAAGUUCCCCUUCGGACCUAUUUUAUGCCUCCUUGUAUAUCUUCACACCAGCCAUGCAAGAUAGGUUAGGCUGAGAAUUGGUGACUGUCCCAAGUUGGGAAGUGAGAAAAAACAAUGAGAAGCGACUUUAAAAUAAAAAACGGCACAUGCUCAGAGUAUUUUCUUUGUGUUUAAUGUUUGCUAAAAUAUUUUGUUUGUGUUUUGCUGAGAGUUGUGAAACUGCACUUGCUCAGAGUAUUUUUUGUAUUCUGUGAAAGUUUCUGUAAUAAUAAAUAUGUUAGUCUUUCAUACACCUCAAGACAUAUUUUCUGGUACCUUAUCCCACACACUUCCUUUUGUGGGGAAAAUGGGGCCCCUAUCUGGGGAACUGUACCAGGGCCCCCAACCACCUUAAUCCAGCCAUGGGUUACAGCAAUUGAAAAAUACAACUUUGAAAUCAGUUAAUAGUCUGGGUUCUAAACACAUCUCUCUCAGGGCUCAAAGGAAAGGGUGAAAAGUGUGCCUUCAGCAAAUCCCCAGCCGUGAAGACUUUGCAGGCUAAAACUAGCACCUUCGACUGGGCCUAGAUUCAAAUGCCAGAAUGUGGGCCGAGAGCCCAUCACGUCUGACUCAGCAGAGUGGCUUUCACAGCCUGAGGCAUCCUAUUCACAUCGCCCAGGAAAGAAGACCCAAGUGAUGCAAGAGGUUGAUUCUGUAGCCACAUAUCUCCAACAUGUCACCCCUGCUGCUGCUGAAAGAAUUGCACUGGCUGCCCAUUUGCUACCAGCCCAAGUUCAAGGUUCUAGUCUUGGUGUUCAAAGCCCUAUACAGCUUGGGACCAGGAUACCUGAAAGACCGUCUUACCCCUUAUAUACCCAGUCGACCACUGCACUCUGCAGGUGAGGGCCUCCUGCAGAUACCAUCUCAUCAGGAGGUCCGUUCUGCACAACAUAGGAAAUGGACCUUUGGUGUGGUGGCACCUACUCUGUGGAGUUCCCUCCCCUUAAGUAUUAGCCAGGUGCCAUCUCUGUUAUCUUUUCGGCACCUAUUGAAGACCUUCCUCUUUCAACAAGCCUUUUAAGUAGAGACCUAUCCCAGUCUGCAUCUGUGCUGGAAUGGCU